AUGGCGUAUGACCCGUCGGACACGCUCUCGGACGUCCUGCGGCGCGCCGACGAGGCGAGGAGCGCGAAGACGAAUGAUUGGGCGAGCUCGCUCGCGGCGUAUCGGGAGGAGGCGGCUUCAAAGGAACGACAGCGGAGCGAGAUGGGAGCCGAACUCGCGGCGAUGGAGCGGGUGGAGACGGCGCGGGAUGAUUUGAUCGAUACCGUGUGGGUGAACGACGCGGGAUCGGUGGCGCGGAAGGAGUUCAAGGGUUUGCAGGCGGGGGAGGACGCGGCGACGUUUGGAGACGACGAGGCGGAUUUCAUCGACUUCGGAGGCGACGAUGACGACGUGUGGGAUCCGAGCGAGGGUGGAUUCGGAAAGUUUAUCGAAGUUGGUGACGAUGACAUAUUUGAGCCACGAGAGGAGAAGAGCAGAGGUAUACCUCGAGAGAUGCGAUGUUUCGACACUGCAAAAAUAUUUGUCAAGGCUGGAGACGGGGGCGACGGUCAAGUCGCGUUCAGACGAGAAAAGUUCGUCCCGCAGGGAGGACCGUCAGGUGGUAACGGUGGCCUCGGUGGUGGUAUUUACUUCGUCGGAGACAAGAAUAUCAACUCGUUAGACAUUUUUAGGAAAAAGGUACACCACCGCGCCGAGGGUGGCAAGCGUGGUCUGGGAGACAAGAUGGCGGGACGAAACGGUCGAGAUUUGGAAAUCCUCGUCCCUCCAGGAACGAUCAUUCGAGACAGUCGCACUCAGAAGAUCAUAGGUGAAAUCACAAAGGGUGGUCAGCGCGUGCUGGCGCUCGUUGGGGGUCGAGGCGGUCGCGGAAACGCAUCCUUUAAGACGGCGAAAAACAAGGCGCCGAUGAUCGCCGAGCUCGGUGAGAAAGGGAAGGAGUUCUGGGCCGAGUUAGAGCUCAAGCUCGUGGCGGACGUCGGCAUCAUCGGAGUACCAAACGCAGGAAAGUCAACGCUCCUCGCGAGCGUGAGCGCAGCGAAGCCUAAGAUUGCGGACUAUCCGUUCACGACGAUCGUCCCUAACCUGGGCGUGGUGGAUCGCGAUUACGAGAGAAUGGUCUUUGCGGACAUCCCGGGGAUUCUUGAGGGGGCCUCCGAGGGUGUGGGUCUGGGAUUUGAGUUUCUUCGACACACGAAGCGUACCAGAGUACUCGUACACGUCAUCGAUUGUACCAGUGAGACGUGUCUCGAGGCGUACGAAGCCAUUCGCACGGAGCUUGAGCUCUUUGACGCGGUUCUUCUCGACAAGCCGGAGAUCGUCGCUCUGAACAAGGUCGAUGACGUCGAGGCUACCGAGCGCGCGCUGCAGAUGAAAGAGAUGUUCGACGCGCAGGGGGUCACUUCGCACUGCAUCUCUGCCGUCACGGGCGAGGGCGUCGAAGAGCUCUUGGGAGAUGUCCAAGCCGCGCUUCGCGCGCUUCCGCCAGUCGAGGACGAGUGGGAGGCCGAGGUCGCCGAGACCGGCAAGCGCGCGGCGGACGGUAAGUCCAUCGAAGAGUUCGAGAUUGAGGACACGCCCUACGCUUUCAUCGUCAGGGGUGACGCCAUCGAGCGAUUCACGCAAAUGACAAACUGGGACUAUUACGAGUCGUACAAGCGCUUCGCGCGCGUCCUCGAGAUGGCCGGCAUCGACCGCGCCCUCGACGCCGCGGGCGCAGGCGAAGGCGAUCGCAUAUUAGUUGGCGACUACGAGUUCGAGUGGAGCAAGGAUCGUCGCGACCGCACGCUGUACGAAUCUUUCCGCCAGCGCCAAGCGGAUCUCCCCGGCGCCGCCAGAGGGUCUCGCCACUGGCCCCACGCCGCGUAG